CCAUUAAUUGUGACAAUUUCCAGUAUCCAUUUUUAAUUUCUGCUUUCCAAGUGGGGAGAGAGAGAGAGUUGGAGUGCGGAUAUCAAUCAAUAGAUGGAUUGCAUUUUGUAGCUCUCUCUUUCUCUCUCUUUCUCUCUCUUCCUUGCUCAGUCUCUGCGGAUAAACAGGCAGACUAGAUGGAAGUGGGAAGUGAUUUUCGGCAUUGGGACGAAUUGAUACCUGAUGCAUUGGGUCUGAUUUUCAGCAACCUCACUCUCCAGGAGAUACUGACAGUGAUCCCGAGGGUUUGCCAAUCCUGGAACAAGGCAGUCUUGGGGCCUUACUGCUGGCAAGAGAUUGACAUUGAGGACUGGAGUAACAGAUGCGAACCUCACCACCUCGAUCGUAUGCUCGAAACGCUGAUUGCAAGAAGCUGUGGAUCGCUCCGAAAGCUCUCAGUCUCCGGCCUCCAAAAUGACAGGAUCUUCUCGCACAUCGCUGAUCAUGCUGGUUCCCUUCAGACCUUGAGACUGCCAAGAAGUGAAAUUAGCGAUUCUAUAGUAGAAAAGACUGCUGGAAGGCUCUCUAAUAUCACUUUCCUGGAUCUUAGCUACUGUGGCAAAAUUAGUUUUCGUGCUUUAGAGACCAUUGGAAAGAACUGUAAAAUGCUCGUAGCAUUGUGUCGGAAUAUGCACCCAUUGGAUACAGCAGGCAAGCCUUUGCUGGAUGACGAGGCUUGUGCCAUUGCCACUACAAUGCCUAGGCUCAAGCACCUUGAGAUGGCAUACCAUCUUAUCAGCACAGGAAGUGCUCUCCAAAUACUUUCAAGCUGCCACGAGCUUGAGUUUCUGGAUUUGAGAGGGUGCUGGGAUGUUAAACUUGAGGACAAGUUCCUGAAAGAAAAGUACCCAAAAUUGAAGGUUUUGGGGCCUCUUGUUCUGGACUACUAUGAGAGGAAUGAGUGGGAAGAUUGCUCAGACUUCUCCGAUGCUUCUGAGUAUUUGGCAUGGGAAUUCGUCGCCGGUGAAUUGGAUGAUUACUAUGAUGACGACGACGAUGAGAGUUAUGCCGAGAUGUGGGAUGGUGAGGAGAGGCUGGACCAGCUUGAGCUGAGGUUCUAUGAAGGACUUGGUCACCAUGAGGAUGCAGGAGGAGUUGGUUGGCCUCCAUCACCUUAGUAAAAUUAAAGUUUGUGUUUUUUUUCUUCAUUUGUCAAACUGUUUGCUUCUCUUUUUUCAAGCACUUCCUUGAUGCUUCUGUUUGGAACUUAUUAUAUCUUUUUAUGGAUAUGUAUAUCUUUCAAUGGGAAAUGAAAAGCAUGGUUUGUUUGUUUAGUCCCAA